UCAGUGUGGUGUGUGUCUCCGCGUUGUUGCUCCGUGAAGGGGUUUUUUUUCAGUGUUAAAAAUUUUGUUAAUACCCAACGUAGCCACGCUCGGUGUUCCAGCCGAACCCCCCCGACAAUUGCACCCCGUUGUUUCACAUUGAGUCCCAAAGUUAAACAAUCAGUGACAGUAAAGGGCUCCAGUGUGAGCCCUCCCCAACCGGUGGUGACAAAAGGGAUUUUUUUUUAAACACCAGAGUAAUCAAGGAUGCAGCCAAGGAUAUACUGGAUUCUUGCUUGCGCGGCCGUCGUCUUCGUCGGAUGCAAUGCCGCCGCUGCGACCGAGGAGGAGCAAAGUGGGAAGGAUAGAUCAGCGGGUAACACAAACUACAAUUCAUAUCCCGACGACCUCUACCUUGACGAUCAGGCCUUGGAAGGCUCUGGACGAGGUGGUGGUGAAGUGAGAGACGACCUCGAGGCAUCAGGCAGUGGCCUAGGCCCCGACGACGAGGACGGCGACGGCGAUCGAGAUUUCAAUAACAUUAACAGUAGGAUAUUGCCCGAGCAGAAACCAGCCGAGCCAAAUACACCCUACGUCGAGGAUCCCCACAAUACCAAGCACGUAACAGAGGAUCUUGCCCCGAAGAGACCGGAUAACGAAGUAGACCUCGCCCCUGGUCGCGAGGACGAGCCAGAGGGAGAGGAGGACCCUGACGACUCGCACGAGGUGUUAAUCAUGAAUCCCAAGCACGAGGAUCGCGCGAGCUCGUUCUUCGCGCAGCCGGGCGUUCUAGCCGCUGUCAUUGGAGGAGCGGUUGUCGGCCUGCUGUGUGCAAUUCUCGUAGUAAUGUUCAUCGUCUACAGAAUGCGUAAGAAGGACGAGGGCUCGUAUGCCCUCGACGAGCCAAGAAGAUCCCCAGCAGCGGCGUCGUACCCAAAACCCGGUGCGCCACAUCACAACCGUGAAUUUUACGCUUGAAGGGAUUAAUUUUAAUACUAAAAUUAUAUUUCGGUUCGUGCCAAGCUCGAGGCGAUUAAACCGAUUAUUGACCGAGUCAGGACAUGAUUAAAUUCAAAAAAGAAGUAAAUCAUUCGAUAAGAGAGAAAACUAAAAGCAGGAUUUAAAAUUGCAGAUGGAAUUUGAAUUUUGCAUGGCGUUAGAUCGUCGACGGGGGGUGCCUACAGAGCUCCAAAUACUCAUCUUUACUCGGACGAGGUUUUC